AUGGGCAUGAGAACCUGUAUGCUAAAGCCAGUGAAUCGGAAAGGGAUUCGUACCUUUAGAGAUGCUGAAGAGCUACGAAAAGGAGAAGAGAUUGCACCAGAACUUUUAAAAGCUAUUGAAGAGUCAAGGAUUUGUCUCAUAAUUCUCUCGAAAAACUAUGCCCGUUCUAGGUGGUGUCUGAACGAACUGGUGAAGAUCAUGGAGUGGCGGAAGUCUAUGAGACAAUUAGUUUUUCCGAUUUUCUACCACGUGGACCCAUCCGAUGUGCGAAGACAGACUGGGAGUUAUGAACAAGCAUUUGACAGGCAUGGAAGAAACCCAGACCAGAUACAAUGGUGGAGGGGAGCGUUGACGGUGGUGGCCAAUAUUAGUGGAUGGCAUUUACAGGAUGGGUCUGAGGCACUUGUUAUCGAGGAAAUUACUUCCACUAUUUGCAGGAGUUUAAACCGGGAGCUCUUACAUGUUGAAAAGAACCUCGUGGGCAUGGAUUGUCCUAGGAUGUCCUCUUCUUCUUCUUCUACUGCUAUUGGUCCAUGGGAUUAUGAAGUUUUCUUGAGCUUUAAGGGUAAAGAUACCAGCCACAACUUCACGGAUAAUCUCUAUGCAGCUUUAUAUCGGAAAGGGAUUCAUACCUUUAGAAUCGAUGAUCUACGGGGAGAAGAUAUUGCACCAGGUCUUUUGUACGCUAUUGAGAAGUCAAGGUUGGUUCUUAAGGGCAACUAUGGAGAAGCAUUCGCUUAUCAUGAAAGAAAUGGGUUUGGCCACAAGACACAGAGGUGGAGGGCAGCUUUGAGCGAAGUGGGCAGUCUCUCUGGAUGGCAUGUACAUGAUUGGUCUGAGGCAAAUUAUAUUGAGGAUAUUACUCACGUUAUUUGA